AUGUCAGAGGGGCGGCGAUUGCGGGAUUGCUGGUUACUGAGACUUGACCAAUCGCGGUGGCAUCGGGUUCAAGCAUCUGGCACGCAGCCGGGGCCAAGGUCAGGAUGUUGUGGUUUGGUGAUGGUGCAUUCGUUCCUUGUUCUGGGAGACACCAGAACCAGCGACGUGGCACAGCUGGACUUGGCAACAGCUUGUUGGAAAUCCUGCAGGGGCGAUGGAGAAGUUCCAGAUGCCCGAGAAUUCUAUCAAGUCGCCCAAUGUAGUGCUACGAGCUUCGUCUUGUGUGGCGGACGACCGCAUCCCGAGCAGCAGGACAUAUCAAUGUUUCUGGCUGAUAUUUUGCUUCCGAUGCCGUCAGAUACAGAUGACUCAGAUGACAUUUUAACAAUUAGAUGGUCGCGUGUGAUUUGCCGCAGUCCACCAGUAGACCGUUUUGGAUGCGGUCUUGUUGCCUUGACUGGAUGUUACAUGGUAAUCUUCGGCGGAACCAGCAAAAGAGGGCAGGAAGAGGAUGCAUUCGUGUGCCUCCUCGAUCGAAGCGUGGACUGUAAAGCAACCUGGGCUCAGGUGAACGACUCUGGAGAAAACCAGCCGACAAAGCGAGAUGGCUUUGUGAUGGUUGGGCUACCUGAUUCGACUGGUAUCGGCACGCGGAUAUUUAUGUCUGGUGGUGGAGUGUGGGAUGACAACUUGUAUCACAGUGACAUGUGGGUCUUUGACAUCAACAUCCAUGAUGACGUGAAGAAGGCCAUGUCUGAUUCUCAGGGUGCAUUCGUGAAAAGGGUUGUGGGUGUCGUCCGCUUGCUCUUUGAAGAUGUGAUCCAAGGGGUGUUGCAGAUCCUCUUUUUGGCUGAGUUCUGGCAGAAGCUACAUUGGACGAGCCGCGCGUUCACGAUCAGCUCUGUUGUUGCAGGACUGGCAUGUUCCGCGGGCGGGCCGGUCAACGAAUACAUUGCAGAGCUACGACAUCGUGAAGACCAACGUCGCCUUCAGCAGAGUGUCGAGAGAUUGCGGUCAGAAACAACGCUGCAAAGCUCAUGGAAGAAGGAGGCAAUCGAUGGAGACGUGCUGCCGGAGGUGCUUCUAGAAAACCGGGAGCACGAACAUGCAAGUGGGGCGCCGGCAGCGGUGACUCCUCACGCUCAAAACCGUGCGUCUCACAAGUAUCCUGCAGCACAUCCAGAGUUGGCGGUCCAGGCGAUGGAUCGAACAGUGUACGAAGAUGUCGCGGAUUUGUUGACUUCUCGAACCAGCUUGUAUACUUGCCUAUUGCUGCUGUCAUCUGGAUUCUGGCUCUACGUCGCGUUCCUUCCAUACUUACAAGCCAGCCUCUUCGAAAGUACGGAUGAGCACACCUGCCAUGGCAUCUCAGCAGGCUUCAAAGGAGGCUUUGUGCUGUUGCUACUGUCGUCUGUGGCAUUCGAAUAUUGGCUCAUCACUCAGACUCAAAAGGGUCUGAAGUACCUCAAGCACCAUCGCCUACAAGUUGCCUUUCAUGUGUCGCUGACCUGCCUGGGGAAAUAUGACGUCUUCUCCGACGUUGCGUUUUGGAUCAUGGCGAAAGACUGUGGGUUUUCGCAGGCUAACAGUGUCCUGCUCACAGCGAUUAUUGGCAUUGGAUUCCUGCAGUGCUUACCGGGAAUGAUGUGUUUGUGCUUGCGACUGAACUGGGCCUUUGCCUUCAAAUUCAACGACUGUAACAUGCUUUUAGCUGCGACAGACAACGGCUACUGA